AUGUCACUCAUUAAAUGCUUCUUUCUCCUGCAACUGUUAACAUGGUCAAGGGUGCUUCUGGCUCAUGAAACAAGUCAUUGCUCAAGCUCCAUUAAUAUGAGCAUAGGUGCUGUGCUUGAUUUAAGUUCACUAAUUGGAAAACAUCAGAAGGUAGCCAUGGAAAUUGCACUCCAUGACUUCAAUCGGUUGAAUUGCUCCAAGCUGGAUUUAAAGAUCAGAAAUUUCAAUGGGAAUUCAGCUCAAGCAGUUGCUACUGGCGACAAUUUCCGAGCAUCACUAAGAGCUAUGGACCUGGCCCUAAGCAAGGAAGUGUUAGCCAUCAUAGGUACAAUAGCACACAAUGAAGCAACUCUGGCAAGUGAACUUAACGACAACAUAAAAAAUAUUCCUAUAUUGUCUCUAAUUUCACCUGUAGCCAGAUCAGAGCAAGUAUCACCUCUAUUGCCAAAUUUCAUCCAAGUGGGAUAUAAUAUCAUCCUUCACAUGCAAUGCAUUGCAGCCAUUGUAGGAGAAUUUGGAUGGAGAAAGGUGACAGCAAUCUAUGAACUUGAUAGCAAGUUUUCCUCUGAUCCAGGGAUGCUACUCAACCUCUCCUAUUCUCUUAGACUUGUUGGUUCUGAGAUUGUCAAUCAUGUAGCUUUCCCUUCCUUUGUCUCUCUAUCAGACCCAAAUUCUGCCAUUGAAAAUGAGCUUAAUAGGCUAAAAAGCAAGAGUAACAGGGUGUUCUUGAUUGUGCAAUCUUCUUUAGAGCUGGCUAGCCUACUGUUUGAGAAAGCAAUGCAAAUGGAUCUAAUGGGAAAGGGUUCUGUGUGGAUUAUCCCAGAUGGGGUUGCUGGUCUUCUUGAUUCAGUUAACUUGUCUGCUAUCCGUAACAUGCAAGGAGUUAUUGGAUUUAAGACACACUUCUUGGAAACAAGCAAGGCAUUUAAAAGGUUUAAAUUCAAAUUUCGCAGAAGGUUUUUGUUGGAGUUCCCUGAAGAAGAGAACAACAACCCAAGUUCCUUUGCAGUUCAAUCGUAUAAAGCAACCUGGGAAGUUGCUCGAGCUGCAAGGGAAUCUCAAGGGAAUUUAACCCUUGAACAGUUAUUAAAAAGUAAUAUCUACAGGAAUGGAAAAUUACGGCAAUCACCUACCCUCAGUAUAAUUAAUGUGAUAGGUAAAAGUUACAGAGAGUUGGCAUUAUGGUCUCCAGCACUAGGUUUCUCCCAAAGCUUUGUUACACAACAGCUGACAAAGAUGAUGAACACAGCUAGUGCUUCCAGUGGAGUUUUGAGUACAGUUUAUUGGCCUGGAGGUAUACAAUUUGUUCCUAAGGGAUGGAUUCACAGCACCGAAGAGAGGACAUUGCGAAUAGGAGUGCCUGCAAAAGGUGUAUUUACUGAUUUCGUGAAUGUAAAAUAUGGUAUGAACAGGAAUGAAACUUCUGUUACCGGAUUCUCAAUAGAUGUCUUUAAAGCAGCCGUUGAUAAUUUGCCUCAUGAUUUGGUAUUCUCGUUUGUUCCGUUCAAUGGAUCUUAUGAUGAGUUGGUAGAACAAGUCUACAAUAAGACAUUGGAUGCUGCUGUCGGGGAUACAUCAAUAACGGCAUAUAGAUAUCAUUUAGUUGACUUCUCACAACCGUAUGUUGAAUAG